GCCACCAGCUGCUGUUCUGUUGACAAAACAGAAGAGGCGAGUCAUUCAAACGAGAAGCAGUGUGUGUUUUGUAUCUCCUAUUUUAGCGUUAUCUUUUUAAAAUAACAUAAAAUGGCAGCACCAAGGGAAAAAGAACCUGUAAAUAUUGUCCACCAGAAUGCAAUUUUAUGUGAGACAAUACAGAAGGAACAACGAACACAAAAGUUAUAUACCAGUUAUAGCAUUAAUCCUUUCAAAAAAAUGUACACAUUAACAGGUAAACCCAACUCUCUUCAUGACUCGGCUGAUGGAGAAGAAGAUGAUAACUUUCUACAAAUUAUCCACCGAGCAUACCAGGAACCAGUCAACAAGUUUGAAUCUCCACAGACAGAAGCCCAAGAAAUUGGAUGGAAUUCUAAACCACUGCUUCCACAAAACAGAGAAGAUCAUCGUCUCCAUUUUCCAAGACAGAAUUCUGAAAUAACCAAAUACAUGGAUGCUGCCUGGCGCCAGAAGGAACAGCAGGAAAAUUUACAAUAAGAUGGAUUCCUUUGGGAAUCGGAGCAAUAUUAGGUCUUGCUGAAAAAAACCAUGGUAAAUGUGGUUUUAGAAACAAACAUUUAAUGCGCAAUUUUUAUGUAAGUUCAUGUUGUUUCUUUUAAGAUGAUUAAAGUAAACAAUCUCUUUCGUGCGAGUAGUAUUUCACCCUGAUUAUUAUUGGAAUUUGAUGUCGAGAUUGGCAACUGAUAUGAGUAAACUGCUGUAAAGCAAUACGACUCUACAGGAUUUAUUUUAAGGUAUGUUGCAUCCUUCCUGGUGAAUUGGAGGAAAAUGGGUAUUUUAAUUGAAUGAAAAAUGUACAUCUAGUCACUGGUGGCUGCAAACUCUUGCACUUGGAGUACCGUAAGGAAUUGAUUAUGUGUAUAAGUUGAAUUGCUGCUUUUAACAUGAUUAAAGUAAACAGGUACCGGUACUUGCUUUAUAAUAAUUGUUACUAAUAUUUGCUAAUAAGUAAACUGUAAAGCUAUGUAGCCAUUUACUGUAAGCUUACAAUCGUUAUCUACGAUGCAUUAUGAUCAAACCGGAAUGAACACAAUAUUAUGCAGUACAGUAGUUAGAUGUUGGGUAGGAAUUAACAUAAGCAGUGGCAACAAAAACCAGAACAAAUACAUACAAAAAUGUUGUUUAUGAUGUCACAAAAGUAGCAUCAUUUUUAUUGACUACUAAUUAUAAAAACAAGUAAUUUUUGAGUGAACAAUAUUUUUCAAUGUAGUUUACAGCAGUUAUUUUUUAUUACCAUAAUAAAUGUUUAUAAUACACAAUAAGAUUGUGUUUUUGUAUCUCAUUGUGUGUUUCCACUAAGCCCCCACCCUUGGAUAUUGUAGCUAAGAUCCUACAAAACAACAGUGUAAAAACAUAAGCAAUUGCAUGCAUUUGUGUGGCAACAUGUGUUUGUGACACAAGCAUAUUCCUGGCCUUCUGAUUGGCCAGGAGAAAGGUCCAUUGGGUUUGCUAAACACAAUAUGUUUGGAGAGGAGGUACUUAGUACUGCAAGUACACAUGUUAGCCAUGGUACUUGUCUUACCUGGUACUUGGUACAUGGUACUUUGUACUGCAACUACAUGUUAGCCAUGGUUACUACUGCAUCAGUCAAUGUAAGGCCAGCUAUAAUGUUCACAUAAUCAGGCACCAGAUGACGGUGAAUGUAGGCUCAACAUUAAUGACAUCAGUUCGUAACACUGAUGCUUAAAGCUCAAUUCCAGGCAAAAUUUCAUUUUUUAACAAAAAAAAACCUGAUUUGGUAUGUAAUGUUAAAACGACUUAUAAGUAUAAUACGAAAAAUUGCAUGUUUAACUGAAUUUAGAUGUUCCUAAUCAUGAAAAAAAUGCAAAAUAAGACAAUUUUGAUUUUUUGUUUUCUACACAAAAAAUAAACACGGAUGAAUUUUCUGUUUGAUUUUGCGAUAGGUCUAAUCUAUUAGUGUAGAAAUAUAGUAGGCGCUUGAACACUAGCCUAGCAACACUGUGCUAGGCCUAGCCUUACCUCGAUUUUAGGUUCUGUUAUCAGAUAUAAAAACGGUCAACAUGAUAUUUUCUGUUGCUAGUACUGCAUUGACACUUAUGAAACAGAAUAUUUUAUUUUUCAAACUUGUUUAAAAUGAUUCUAACUGAGAUUUUUGAAAAUUAAGCAAACACUGAUCGACUGCAGUGUGCGAGGUACAAAAACUAAUCUUAUUAGGCACACUAUAUUUAUCGCUGACGAUCGUGUAUUGGCGACAUAACCAGUUCAGUAAAUCCGAUUAAUUAAUGCUUGUAAUUAAUUGUGGGAUGAAUUAAAUAUCUUUGGUGGCCGCAAUAAAAAAUAAAGAAGAAUGUGGUAGGUUCGCAAUACUCAUACGCUUGACUGUAAGCCCCGGUAUUCAACCCCCGCUCGCGGGCCAACUCUGGCCCGCCAAAAUUUUCAUCCGGCCCGCCCUAGAGGUGCCAUAAUCAUAAAUUUUCUUAUCUCGGCCCCAACCUUGGUGGGGCUGAGGUGGUAUUUUCCCCCAAUCUGUGAAAGUUCUUCACUGGCCCCCUUCUAUUUCGAAUCCACCGGUAUAAAAGAAAAUGUUUGGGCUGAUAUAUUAU